GGAAAGAAGUUCAGGGAGCAUCAAGACGGCCAGGAGCCGUCAGCAGAUAGGCAGAGGAGGCAAAGUGGGGGCAGGGACCCUGCGACACGAUCCUCCACGCCGACGAGGGGCAGUCGCAGGGUGUUGCAACUAUCCGCCGGUGAGGAUGAGAGAACGGACAGUAUAUAUUGAGGAGCAGGUAUGGACGAGCGUGGGAAUUAGAUCACAACAGAGGCACGUGACUGUCUGCGCAAUGCUAUCUGAGGUCGGCCCGACGGAGUCGAAUGGCGAGCUGAUGAGGUUCUGAUUCUCUCGCUCCUUGCCAGUGGUGACCCAAGCGUGGUCUGCAGCUGGGAAGAUGCAAGGGGGUUAUCAUCGCAACAUUGUCCGAAGUAUUUGUGGAUGAUGACAUUAGAGCAGAGGAGUACCAAGGAGACCAUAGGAAAACCAGAGAAGGUGGGGAGCAAGCGCGGCAGCGACUGUUUGUCUGUUCUGACGCAGGUGUUGCCGACCGAUAGCGAAUUGGCAGAUCCAUUGGCUAAGGUGGUCCCGCUAUCUCGAGCUCUCCACAGCAGGCGCGACGACGAGACUGGGCUUCAGAUACGCGAAGCGAUGAAGAUAGAGCUUUUGUGAGCUU